AGGGAUACCUGCAUUUUCCUCCCCUAAAGCAGAAUGGAUAGGUGACUCAAGAGUAUGGACUCAGGCUAUGGGUAUACUGAGGCUAGAACAGUGACUGCCCUCUCCCCGCGCAAGGCCCCAUCACUCAGCAGGACCUCUAUGACCUCAUGCUAUAGUAGGUCAGCGCCUAAGGCCUGGGGCCUCCCCUUCCUGGGCAGCUUGGGGUUCCUCUAGCAGCCACUGCCCUACCUAACCCCUCCCACACCCCACCAUGUUGGCUGGUACCCCCCACCUACUAACACUGGAUGAAGCUGAUGCCACCUGGACCCUCAUCAAGGAUAAGGUUAUUGAGGACCACUUCGGGCCCAGUGUAGUGGCAGUACCUUUCCUGUCUGAUGCAACCUGCUAUGACCUAUUGGGUGUGCUGGUGAAGCAGUCCCGCCCAGCCCACACCCGCCUGGCUUUGCCAGGUCGGCAAGGACGGCGGGCACUACAACCAGUGGGGCCGCUACCAAACCUCCUGGAGCAGGCAGGGUCUGAGGGUGCCUUUGCCCACUGCACUCGGGAAUACUCACCAAACAGCCGAGCAGAGACAGCCUAUGAAGAAACGCGAUUGCUGGACGGGCGGCCCUGCCGGAUCCGCCUACAUAUGGGUGGCCUGCGCAAGAGGGUGGCCUUCCUGCUGCUGCCACCAGGGCAGGUGAGCCUACAGCAGACUCUUCCCUGGCUCCGAAGCACCCACAGCAUCUAUGUCAUCUACCAGGUCUUCUCCUGUUCCUGGCUGCAGCUAGGGCUGUUGCCUACAGCCCGUGAGCCCCAGCUGCUCCGGUUACAACGGUCACUGCCUGUUGCCUUCUCCUGCCUCAAGUUUUCACUGAAACCCAAAGGAGUGCUAGGACCGCAGAAGGCCCUGACGAAAGACCCACUGCCGCAUGGGGCCAAAUGGAUCAGACCCAACCUCAGCAUCAUGCCAUCUCUGGCCCCCACAUCAGCCCCUGAUGCUACCCUUGAAGCUGCUGAUGUGCCCCUACCUGUCCCAGCCCCACCUACACCACCUCCCCAGGAAGGGCCAGAGGGCAGACCCACCAGAUUCUCCUACAAGGGUCGAAACCCAUUCCGAAGGGGACCCCAGAUGCUGUCAGGGUCUGUCCUCGGAGUUCGACAGCGACGACUGAAGCUGAAGCGAGAGAUGCAGGGGGUGAGGCCCCUAAGAUCUGUCAUAGGGAUACUGGUCCCCAAUAAACAUCAGCUGCUGCUCCCCCAAACCAUCCUGGGCCCAUGCUGCUUCUUCCUGCUGAGGUCUGGAGUAGGGGGAGUGUCCCUACAUUUUUCCCUAGGCUUCAUGUCCCCUUACUCUUUAAGCACAUAAAAAACACCUUGAAACCUUGGCAUCAAUGUCUUCACU